AUGCGGCUGCGAGAAUGCCCAUUCCUUACCCUGCUCCUGCUACCACUGCUGCCGCUCCUAGCCCCAGCCCGAACCCCGGAGCCCUCCGCCCAGGAUGUCAGCCUGAGCGUGGACUGGCUCACUCGCUAUGGCUACCUGCCCCCACCCCACCCUGCUCAGGCCCAACUGCAGAGCCCAGAACAGCUCCGGGAUGCAAUCAAAAUCAUGCAGAGGUUUGCUGGUUUGAAGGAGACCGGCCUCAUGGAUGAGGCCACCUUGGCCACCAUGAAGAAGCCACGGUGUUCUUUGCCUGAUGUUCUGGGAGUGGCUGGGUUGGUGAGAAGGAGGCGGUAUGCCCUUACAGGCAGCUUCUGGAAGAAGAAGCAGCUGUUCUGGAGGGUUCGCUCCUUCCCACAGGGCUCUGCCCUCAGCCAGGACAUUGUUCGGAACCUGAUGCACUAUGCCCUGACUGCCUGGGGAACUGAGGUGGGGAUGACGUUCCAGGAGGCUGAGCCCAGGGUAGGAACAGAGCCGGAGAUCCUCAUCGACUUCGCUCGGGCCUAUCACAAGGACAGCUAUCCCUUUGAUGGGCCUGGGGGCACGUUAGCCCAUGCCUUCUUCCCUGGGGACCACCCUAUCUCUGGGGAUACCCACUUUGAUGACGAGGAAGUCUGGACCUUUGGGGAAAGCGACAGCGGUGGGACAGACCUGUUUGCUGUGGCCGUCCAUGAGUUUGGCCAUGCUUUGGGCCUGGCCCACUCCUCGGCCCCCAACUCCAUCAUGCGGCCUUUCUACCAGGGCCCAGCUGGGGACCCUUCGAAGUACCGGCUUCCACCUGACGACCGAGAAGGGAUCCAGCAGCUUUAUGGAAAGGGUCCAAAUAGUCCCCACCCAGAGCCAACUCGGAAACCUCUGGUUCCUCCACCCCAACCCCCUGGGCAGCCCCCAGACAGCCCUUCAGCUCCAGUUCCUGACCGAUGUUCUGGUAACUUUGAUGCUAUCGCCAACAUCCGUGGUGAGGUCUUCUUCUUUAAAGGACCCUGGUUCUGGCGCCUUCAGCCCUCAGGCCAGCUGGUGUCCCCUCGACCUGCGAAGCUGCACCGAUUCUGGGAGGGGCUGCCCGAGCAUGUGGUGACUGUGGAUGCAGCCUAUUCUCGGCCCUCAGAUGGACGCAUCCUGCUUUUCAGUGGACGCCAGUUCUGGGUGUUUCAGGACCGGCAGCUGGAGGCUGGUUCCCCAAAGUUGCUGACGGAACUGGGGCUUCCCCCUGGGGAGGUUGUGGAUGCUGUCUUCUCUUGGCCCCAGAAUGGGAAGACAUAUCUGAUACGAGGUGAACAGUACUGGCGUUUUGAUGAGGCCGUCCACAGCGUUGACCCAGGCUACCCCAAGAAUCUGAACCUGUGGGAGGGAGCACCUUCGGCACCUGAUGAUGUGACUAUUGGCAACAAAGGUGAUACCUACUUCUUCAAGGGGACUGAGUACUGGCGAUUUGCUCCAGGCAGCGUGGUGGCAGAGCCCGGCUCUCCCCACCCCAUGGGGCCUGACUGGUUGGACUGCCCUCCUUCUGCCCCUGGUCCUCCGGCCCCAAGACCUUCCAAGUCUCCCCGCAACUGUCAGUGUGAGAUCAACCAGGCGGGGAGUUCAGGCCCAAGACUUCCUGGCUUCCUCUUCAUCUUCUCAAUGAUUCUCUCUCUCUUCCUGGGCACAAUCACCUGGUCCUAA